AUGACGGAGAACAUCGGCCUGAUCAGCAGCAUGGCGACCGAGGGCGCAGACCGCAAGGAUCAAGAAGAGGGUCAAGUGCACGUUCCCGAGGAGCGAGGAUGGAGUAAAUUUUGGGCGUACGUCGGACCUGGAUUCCUCGUCGCCAUAGCCUACAUCGACCCGGCGAAUUUUGAAAGCGAUCUCAAGGCAGGAGCAGCCUACCAAUACUCGCUCCUCUGGGUUCUGCUGCUGGCAUCACUAGCGGGCCUCCUGAUACAGUCACUGUCAGCCAACCUCGGUAUAGUCACAGGCAAGCAUCUGGCGCAGCACUGCAGGGCGGAGUACCCCCGAGGUGUCAACCUCGCGCUCUGGGUGAUUGCAGAGAUUGAGAUCAUCGCCAGCGACAUCCCAGAAGUGAUAGGAACGGCCUUUGCACUGAACAUGUUGUUUGGCAUUCGACUAUGGGCGGGAGUAAUCAUAACUGGCUUCAGCACGCUCCUCUUCCUUGGCCUCCAGCGAUUCGGGGUGCGCAACCUAGAGGUGUUCAUAGCGCUGCUGGUGAUGGUGAUAGCGUGCUGCUUCUUCAUAGAGAUGGGCCAUGCUCCAGUGGACGGCAUGGCAGUGCUGGAGGGCAUGUUCGUCCCCCGCAUACAAGACCUGGGGGCGCUUGCGAUUGCCAUCUCUCUCAUCGGCGCGCUUGUCAUGCCGCACAACCUAUUCCUGCACUCUGCUCUCGUGCUUAGUCGCAAGCACCAGCGCACCGCUGCAGGCAUCAAGGACGGGUGUCUCUACUCGCUGCUGGAGGUGGCAGCGGUGCUCAUCAUCAGCAUCGCCUUCCACUGUCCCUUCCUUCACUUCCCACGUACCAGGAUUCGGCGCUCAUCAUCAGCUAAGCCAUCAAUGUGGCUGUCAUCUGCAUGGGUGGGGCGGUCUGCUCCCUCCUCAUCCCUCCCCUCCCCCACUCUCUCCCCCCACACCUCUCCGCCCUGCCAGGAAGGGUGCCUCUACUCAUUAUUGGAGGUGACAGCGGCGCUCAUCAUCAGCUUCGCCAUCAACGUCGCCGUCAUCUGCGACGGGUGCUUGUACUCCCUACUGGAGGUGGCAGCGGCGCUCAUCAUCAGCUUCGCCAUCAACGUGGCAGUCAUCUGUGUGGGCGGGGCGGUCUGCUCCGCACCGGACCUCUCCCCGGACGUGCAGGCGAGCUGCAGCGACAUCAGCCUCAGCAACGCCUACUUCCUGCUGCGCGACGUGCUGGGCGCGUGGGCCUCCACGCUCUUUGGCAUCGCUCUGUUAGCCUCAGGGCAGAGUUCCACCAUCACGGGGACGUACGCGGGGCAGUAUGUGAUGUCGGGGUUCCUGGAGCUGCACCUGGCCUCGUGGCUGCGCAACCUGCUCACUCGCCUCGUUGCCAUCGUGCCUUCUCUCGCUGUCGCCAUUGUGGCUGGCUCUACGGGCGCCGGCAACCUCAUCAUUGCCUCCUCGAUCAUCCUGUCGUUUGGCCUGCCCUAUGCGCUCAUCCCUCUGCUCAAGUUCACCAGCAGCCCUGUCAAGAUGGGGCCCUUCACCAACCACCCCACGGUCACUGUAGCUGCAUACAUCAUCGGCACUGUAGUUAUCUUUGUUAAUUGCAUGCUCGUGGUGCAAGCCUGUGUGGAGUACCUGGUAUCAGACCACAUUCCCCAGGCCGCCCGGAUCCCCCUUGGGAUUGCCAUAGCCCUUGUGCUCCUCAUCUACGUCGUCUCCCUCGCGAUGCUCGCACGACGGCCUGUAACGGAAGUUACGUACAUUUCGGCAAAUGAGGGGUCGAGCGUUGAGCUUGAUGCUUACAUGGGCUCUCCCCCUCAUGACUUUGGGCGGAGUGGGGGGGAUGGUGAGGAUGAUGAGAAGGGAGAGUUGGAGGGUGGAGAGGAGAGGAGAGAGGAGGGGAGGGAGGAGAGAGGAGAGGGAGGAUCGAUAGCGAUGACAAAUGGGGUGGAGGGGAAAGGUGGUGAUGGGGGAAGGGACGAAGGGGAUGAUGGAGGAGAGGUUGAAACGAGGGAGGGAUUGCAAGAGGACCGACUCUAUUCCCUUGCUGCAAGCACAUCCGCCAACGUUCGUGAGGGGCGCGAGGGGAGUGACUUUAGCGGUGGUAGGAUGAAGCGGGAGCAUGACGCGCACGAGGCGGUAGUGUACGCACGGAAUCUCAACGAGUACAACGCCGCGGCGCUCGAGCUGUCGCGGUCCCGAAAGCCAUACCUACUGCGCACGCUGUACGGCGACAUGCUGAUGGACGGUGUGCAGCCCAACUUCGUGACGUUCCACGCGGCCAUCACGGCGUGCAUGCGCGCCAACCGCCUGCACGACCUCGUCUUCUUCUUCAACCAGAUGCGCGCGCGCGGGAUCACGCCCGAUCGCUACAUAUUCAACUGCGUCAUGACGACGUACAGCCGCAGCGGGCACGUGGAGAGGGUGUUCCGCGUGGACUGGGACAUGCGCGCUGCAGGGCGGCCACCCAACAUCCGCACCUACCACGCGCUGCUCACCGCCUGCACCACCACCGGCCGCUUCGACAAAGCCGCAGAGGUGCAGGAGCGCAUGAGCAAGGACGGCGUGGCGAUGAACAAGUUCUGCUACGCGGCGCUCAUCGCCAUGCACCAGCGCGUGCGCCCCUCCUCGCCCCGCAUCGUUGCCAAGAUAUUUUCUCUUCUGGAACAGUCUCUGACAGCACCCACCUACAGCGUUGAACCGGACACCCCCACCAAAACCACCCCUGCCACCGCCACCACCACCGCCGCCACCACCACUGCCACCACCACCACCACCGCCAGCACCGCCAGCACCACUGACUCCACCGCUGAUCACCCGGCCGAUUCCGCUCCUGAAUCUUCUGCGGCUUCUGCUGCUGAUGGCGCCACUGCCACAGGUACCAGCAGCGCCGGUGCAGCGCCAGAAGCACAGGAGGAGAUGGAGAAGAUGAGUGAAAUGAGUGAGAUGAAUGAGAUGGGGGAGAUGGGGGAGAUGGGGGAGCAUCUGGGUGAUUACGGUGGGCGGGAAGAGCAGGCGGGAGGGGGGAGGGGAGCAGGCGGUGGGCUGAUGUACGCGAAUGCGGAUCUGGUGGUGCACCGCGCUGCUCUCAGGGCGUUUCUCGACGCACACCAGUUGCAGGUGCGUUUUCAGUCGGCUCUGGCGUUCGUGCUUUGA